CCCAAAAUGCUUGGCCUCCUCUCCCUCGCCCUACGCUUCUUCCGCAGCCAGCUCCGGCCCUUGCCCGUGCCAACCACCUCCUACGCCGGCCGCACCGUCAUCGUGACCGGCGGCAACGGCGGGCUGGGCCUCGAAGCGGCCCGGCACUUCGCCCGCCUGGGCGCCGCGCGCGUGAUCCUCGCCUGCCGCCGCGUCGACAGCGGCGAGGCGGCCAAGGCCGACAUUGAGAAGUCCCUGUCUCUUCCUAGCGGCUCUGGCUCCCCUAGCCCUUCUUCUGCUGGGGUUGUGGUGGAGGUGUGGCCGCUGGAUUUGUGCUCCUUCGACAGCGUGCGGGCCUUCUGCCGGCGCGCCGAGGCGGAGCUGUCGCGGCUGGACGUGCUGCUGAUGAACGCGGCCGUGCUGAAUGCCGACUGCGUGGAGAUGGCGGAGGGCUAUGAGGUGCAGGUCACGACGAACGUGAUUUCGACGUUUCUGAUGGUGCUGAUGCUGCUGCCGCUGAUGAAGAGGACGGCCGCGAAGCAGAAUGUCGAGACGGUGGUUACCGUGGUCUCGAGCGAGGCGCAUUCUCUGACCAGGUUUGCCGAAAAGGAUCAGCCGCGCAUCUUCGAGUGCUUCCGUCCCGGCAGCAAUAUCUACGAACGCUACAGCACCGCCAAGCUGCUAGACGUGCUGAUUGUGCGGGAGCUUGCCGAGCGGCUGGAUGCUGCCAGUCCCGGUGGUACUCCCGUCGUGGUCAACACGGCAAACCCUGGGCUGUGCAGGUCCCGCCUGUUUAGGGAUAUUCCCUCAUUUGCACGCUUCCUGUUGGCCGUGCCCAUGUUCCUAAUCGGCCGCACCCUGGAGCAAGGCUCGAGGGCGUUGAUGGCUGCGGUCGCAGGCGGCCGCGAGAGCCACGGCCAGUAUGUCGAUAGCGGCCGGGUCGACAUGCCAAGCCCGUUUGUUGUGUCUCAGGAAGGCAAGACUGUGCAGAAGAGGGUGUGGGACGAGCUGAUGGAAAUCCUCGAGGGCAUUGUGCCGGGUGUUACUGCCAAUGUUGGACAGGCCCCCUGA